UCAUAUAUAUGUUUCUUCUUUAACUAUUUAACCUCAAGCUCGAAAAAAAUUAUUGAGAACUAUCUACCAUUGCACCAUCCUUUAUUUGAUUUGAGUUCUUACAUAAGAUUUAGGAUAUCAUGAACGAUAAAAGUUGCUCAAAUAAUGCUACCAAGAGCAAGUAUAAAAUACCACUCUCAAUUUUCUUCAAAGAUGCAAGACUUGUUUUCAAGUUCGAUUCCCUUGCAAAGGAGAUACUAGGGAUUGCAUUCCCCUCUGCCCUGGCUAUAGCUGCUGAUCCUAUUGCUUCUCUGAUAGAAACAGCAUUCAUAGGCCACUUAGGGCCGGUGCAGCUUGCUGCUGCUGGAGUUGCCAUUGCUUUGUUUAACCAAGCAUCAAAAGUUACCAUAUUCCCUCUAGUUAGUAUCACAACUUCCUUUGUGGCCGAGGAAGAUACCCUUGAAAAAAACAAUACCACAGCAAUGGAAAAGAAACCAAUUGAGAAUAUCAUGGACAAGUCAAAAGAUGUAGCUUUACCUCAAGAUAUAGAAGAAUAUGCAUCCGAAGAGAAGAAUGAGACUCCAACGCAAGUUUUGGCUGCAAGUGUUGAGCUCAUCGAAAAAAGUACUGAACAUGAAACAAAUAAUGGAGAUGGUACCAAUACAAGUAAUUCAAACUCAGGAAGGAAGAAGCGACACAUAUCUUCAGCAUCAACAGCACUGCUUUUUGGCUUAAUCCUUGGCCUUAUCCAAGCUGCAACCCUUCUAUUUGCAGCAAAACCUCUACUACGUGUAAUGGGUCUAAAAUCUAAUUCUCCAACACUCAUCCCAGCAGAGAAAUACUUGAAAUUGAGAUCCUUAGGCGCUCCUCCAAUGCUUCUCUCCUUGGCCAUGCAAGGAAUAUUUCGAGGUUUCAAGGAUACAACAACUCCUUUAUAUGUCAUUGUUUUGGGGUAUUCAGUGAAAAUUGCUUUGGACCCUGUACUUAUUUAUGCCUUUAAAUGGGGCCUCAAUGGUGCAGCCAUUUCACAUGUGUUUUCCCAGUACAUGAUGGCAUUGGUCCUCUUGUUGAUAUUGCUGACAAAAGUAGUUCUCAUGCCUCCAAGCAUCAAGGAUUUGCAGUUUUCCAGGUUUCUUAAAAAUGGAGGUAUGCUAUUCGCCAAAGUAGUAGCAGUAACAUUUUGUGUGACCCUGGCAGCCUCAUUAGCUUCAAGGUUAGGCUCAAUUCAAAUGGCUGCAUUCCAAACCUGCCUGCAAGUUUGGUUGACAUCGUCCCUUUUAUCUGAUGGUUUGGCUAUUGCCGUACAGGCAAUUCUAGCCUCUUCCUUUGCUGAGAAAGACUAUGAUAAGGUUGUUGCUGCUACAACACGCACGUUACAGAUGACUCUUGUUCUAGGGUUAGGGCUUUCUCUUGUUGGAAGUUGUUUGUACUUUGGAGCUGGAAUGUUUUCCGAAAGUGGUCCUGUUGUGCACUUAAUCAGAAUAGCCGUCCCGUUUGUUGCUGCUACACAACCCAUCAAUGCAUUAGCCUUCGUCUUCGAUGGUGUGAACUAUGGAGCCUCUGAUUUUGCAUACUCUGCAUACUCAAUGGUGAUGGUCUCAUUUGCAACUAUUGCUUCAUUGUUCCUUCUUUAUAAAAGCAACGGUUUCAUUGGGAUCUGGAUUGCACUAACCAUUUAUAUGACUCUUCGCAUGUUUGCUGGUUUAUUCAGGAUGGGAACAUGUUCAGGACCUUGGCGUUUUCUUAGGGGCUACUGACCGUCUUAAUGACAAGGAGGACAGUAAAUUUCAUUGUAGACCAACACAUGUCCAUACUACAUUUCAUAAUUAAUUUUAAGACUCUUGUCACCUCCUACAGUAAAUUCAUUGUAGACCAACAUAUGUAAUUCCAACCGUCAUUUUGAUGCUUUCCCAAAUACACUUUUACUCAUGCCAUUGAUAUGGUUAAAAGUACAGCAAUCACAUUUCUCUCCCUUUGAUGUAUCCUUGUUGGGGUGUUUUAGACGUGGUAAUUGAAAACAAAACGCUCAAAAAUAUGUUGUAUAUUUUUUUUGAGAAAGUCAGGAAU